CUUUAAGAAACUCUCUGUCGCCUUGGUUACCGUGCCAAUCGGGAUGUAACACCAAAUAUCUUUAGGAUGUGAACAGAGGUGGCUGGAGUCUGUGCUUUUUCCUCUCACUGCCCAGAUCUUACCUUCAACUCUGACCUUUGACCUCUCCACCGGAGGAAGAGAUGAGCGAGGUCCAUGGCGGCAGACAGCCGGUCUCCUGCACAGUCAAACCUCCGGUCUACCUGCAGAUCGGAGAGUCCAAAGCAGAGCCGGUUCAGUCCGGGGUCUGUGUGGUCGACGUCCCCCUUCCCUUUGGAAAACCAGUCAGUGUUGAGGAAAUCACCUUUAAGAACUACUACACCGCCUACGUUACUGUGCGUUUGCUGAGGAGGCCUUCUGGACAGGAUGGGCCGACCAAGUGGGUCACGGCUCUCAGAGACCUGCCGCUGAUGGACAACCCGCACACAGAGAGAGGCUCCCAGGAUUACUUCUCCAUCCACAGGAAGCAGAUGCUGGUGGAGGCAGACCACGUGGUUUCGGUCAGGCUGAUCCUGAGGCAGCCGUCGUCCGCCUGGCUGACCUUCAGCUUGGAGGAGAUCAAAAUAUUCCCCCACACGGAGCCGGAGCCCCUGAAGGAGGUUUCUGAUUGGCUGUCUGACCUGAUUCUGGUCGACCAGCUUCCUGAUGUGGAGGGCCUCCCGGACCCGCACACCGUGUCCUCCAGCAUCCAGCAGAUGUGGGCUCUGACCGAGGUCAUGCAGACCAACCAGACCACAGCCUCCAUCGGACGCUUCGAUGUGGACGGAUGUUACGACAUCAACCUGCUGUCGCUGACGUAACGCGGCUUUCAGGGCGACACACAAUUCCUGUGUGGAGGCAGAAGAGCAGAGAGCCGCCUGCUGGUUUAUCACUUUGUGUCAUCAUAUCUGAUCACAUCACAGCACGAGACAUGUAAUUCAGUUUCAACAUGAGAAAAGUGAACCAAACGUUUAGCAGAAUAACUCCUGAUCCCGAUCCUGAUCCUGAUCCCAAUCUUGAUCCAGAUCCCGAUCCCGAUACGGAUCCCGAUCCUGAUCCUGAUAACGAUCCGGAUCCUGAUCCCGAUCCGGAUCCUGAUACUGAUCCUGAUCCUGAUCUCAAUCCUGAUCUGAUCCACUUCUGGUUUUAUUUGGACUUCUUUCAUUUUUUCUCUUAAAUAUAAAUAAUCUUUUCUUCUUUGUUUGUUUUUGUUUUGGUGUUGCUAAUAAUUCAGACUUAAAGACAAAUAAAAAUCAUAAAACUGAUCGAGUUAAAUCCAUUUUUCACAGGAUUAACAUUUAGAUCCUAAAUGAGGAAAAGCCAAAAUGAUUCACUCAUUUACAUAAUAAGAGAUUUUUGUUUCAGCAUAAAAUAUCUAAUGUUUCUUUUUUCGAGCAAAUCCAGUCGAGUCUUGGAUAUUUAUGUUUUCACUUUCAGGGUCAAGAUGAAUAUAAAAUCCUCCACUGUAUUGACGACAUUAUUGAUAUUCAACAGCAAAUCAAGUCACUGAUCUAAAGACGAAGUAAUGACAAGUCUGAUGAUGUCAUGAUGUGGGCGGAGCCACGCACAAAAUGAGCUGCAGUUUGAUGGAGGAUGAAAGUGAUGAAGAAAAAGAAACUUUUUAUCUCCAGUUUUAUUCAAUCAGAUUAUUUUGCACAUUUUUACGGUCAGGUUAGGAUUACAGAUUCUUUGUUUUACUCACUUCUGAAAGUUAAGAGUUUCUAACACCUGACAUUUUCUAUUACAGGUUUAGGCUGUAAAAAUGAAUGGAAGUCAAUGGAAAGUCCCCACAAAGAAAGCCA